AUGAGGGCUAACAUGCCGCUUCUCGCCGCGGCCGCCGCCAGUCCCACCCCCAGCUCCACCGCCACCACCGCCACAGCCGCCACAGCCACCGCCUCCGACCCCAUCUCCAUCCCCGACUCCGACUCCGACUCUGGCAUCCCGCCGCCACCGCCGCCGCGCCGACGCCGUCCAAUUGGGCGGACAGCCGAACGUUUCAGGGGCCCUGCGUUGGUGGAUUAUCGCCGCAGAGAGGCCGAAUUUUGGGCUGGCAACCCACAGUUGGUGGAGCAGUUCGCCGCCUACGAUCGGCAGGAGGAAGAGGAGAGGCAGCAGAGGCGGCUGCUUCGGCAGCAAGUACGGCAACAGCAACAGCAACAACCACAACAACAGCAGCCACAGCAGCAACAACUGCCACUGCCACUGCCACAGCAGCCACAGCAGCACUUCCAGCAACAGCAGCAGCAAUAUCGGCAGGAGGCUGCGCUGCGCCACGCGCAGCAUCAGCAACAGCAACAGCAACAGAACGGUGGGGGUUUCGGUGGGGGUUUUGGUGGUGGUUUUGGUGGGGUUGGAGGAGCCGGUGGUGGCGUGGGUGGUGCCGUCGGUGGUGCCGGUCUGGGUGGUUUCGUGGGUGUGGGUUACACCACACCACGCCCUGCGGGUGCCCCGUCUGGGGCUGUCAAUUACGGUCGGGCCCAGUGCCCAAACAGUGGGGGAACUUACCCCCAAAUCAGGGGCCGCCAUCACCAACCUCCUAAUAAUCAUUAA